GGAAGCGGCAGGGAGCCUCUGUGGGGACGGUUUUAAAUGGCCCUCCCCCUCGCCGCUGCUUUCGGAAUGGACGCGAGGGCUCGAGCCAAGCGCUACGAGAAGCUGGCCUUCCUGGGGGAAGGGCAGUUUGCAACUGUUUACAAAGCAAGAGACAAGAACACAAAUCAAAUUGUUGCUAUUAAAAAAAUUAAACUUGGACAUAGAUCAGAAGCGAAGGAUGGUAUAAACAGAACUGCUCUUAGAGAAAUCAAACUGCUGCAGGAGCUUAGCCACCCAAAUAUCAUUGGACUUUUAGAUGCAUUUGGACACAAAUCUAACAUCAGUUUAGUGUUUGACUUUAUGGAAACAGAUUUAGAGGUUAUAAUAAAAGACACUAGUCUUGUGCUGACACCCUCUCACAUCAAAGCAUAUAUGCUGAUGACGCUUCAGGGUUUAGAAUAUUUACAUGAUCAAUGGAUUCUUCACAGGGAUCUUAAGCCAAACAAUUUGCUGCUAGAUGAAAAUGGAGUUCUGAAAUUGGCUGAUUUUGGCUUGGCAAAAUCUUUUGGAAGUCCAAACAGAGUUUACACGCAUCAAGUAGUAACACGGUGGUAUCGAGCUCCUGAACUACUGUUUGGUGCUAGAAUGUAUGGUGUUGGCGUGGAUAUGUGGGCAGUGGGAUGCAUAUUGGCUGAAUUGCUUCUACGGGUUCCAUUUUUGCCAGGGGACUCUGACUUGGAUCAGCUCACAAGAAUAUUUGAAACCCUGGGUACUCCAACCGAGGAACAGUGGCCUGGAAUGACCAGUCUUCCUGAUUAUGUGACUUUUAAAAAUUUCCCUGGAAUGCUGCUUCAUCACAUCUUCAGUGCCGCUGGUGAUGAUUUGCUAGAACUAUUGCAAGGCUUAUUUACAUUUAAUCCUUCUGCAAGGGUCACAGCUACUCAGGCACUGAAAGACAACUAUUUUAGUAACCGGCCAGCACCAACUCCUGGAAACCAAUUGCCAAGACCCAAUUGUCCUGCAGAAGCCUUAAAAGAACAGCAAAAUCCAGUUCCAAAUCUGAAGAGGAAAAGAACAGAUGCAAAAGAUCAAGGGUUGCCCAAAAAAUUGGUAUUUUGACUGCCUUGGAAAUGAAUAGUAAAACGUUUUUGCUGCUGAAGUUUGAAAAGACCAGAUGUGAAGACUCAAAAUGAACAUGGAUGAAAACAAAAAUUGUAAAUGUAAACAUGUGGAAAGUGUGUGUGUGUUUCAUCUCUAAAACCAUGUAUUUUUAUUACAGCUUUAAAAAAAAAAUAAAAGUGCAAAAAUUG